GGUUGAUGUCGUCGAUAGUGUCCGUCGCUGCGGAGGUAAACGCUCAAGCGCUGAUGACCCGGAGACGCUGUGAGCUGGAGAAGAACAAGUCAGUUGAACACAGAGCCAUAGACCGAAUAGAAGAACUGGAGGACUCUUACAGAGAGCUGCUGGAGCAUCAGGAGGACUUGCGCUCUCUAAUGAACGGGAUCUUUAAGGGUGUUUUCAUUCAUCGGUAUCGGGACAGAGUUCCUGAAAUCCGGGCCGUCUGCAUGGAGGAGAUGGGGGUGUGGCUCAGAGAAAACCCCGCCUCUUUCCUCAAUGACGAGCACCUCAAAUACGUGGGCUGGAUGCUGCACGACAAGCAAGCUGCCGUGCGACUGCAGUGUGUGUUGACUUUGCAGAAACUGUAUGUGGAGAAGGAUUUCAUCAGCCGGUUAGAGCUCUUCACCAGCCGCUUUAAGGAACGGAUUCUGUGCAUGAUUCUGGAUAAAGACUCUGAUGUGGCAGUGGAAACGGUGAAGCUGUUACUGCUCAUUAAACAGCAGACAGAGGAAGGCCUGAGUGAGGAGGAGUGUGCUGCUGUGUAUCCGCUGGUUUUUGCCACACACCGAGGUCUCGCCUGCGCAGCCGGACGAUUCCUGUACCACACGCUGUGCAGUGUGUUAGACGGGCGGUCAGACAAAUGCAGUGUUUCUGUCCUCCGUUUGCUGGCGCAUUUCUUUAUUGAGAGCGAGUAUCAUGAACACGCUGCGUAUCUAGUCGACAGUCUGUGGGAUGUUGCGGGGGUGGAGCUAAAAGACUGGGAACUGAUGACAUCACUACUGCUGCAGGAAAGUGGUGUGGAGGACAAGCUGGAGAGCGCUCUGAUUGACAUCAUGAUGUGUGCAGUGAGACAGGCUUCUGAGGCCACGCCUCCCAGCUCUCGAGUGCAGAGGAAGAACCUGGCGUCGCGGGAGAAGAGGCUUCAGGCUCAAGAGCGAAGACGCAUCACAAACCAUUUCAUCCCCGUGCUGCCUCAGUUACUGGCUAAGUUCUCGGCAGACGUCGGGAAGGUGAGCUGUUUGCUCCGAGUGCCGCUGUAUUUCCAGCUGGAGGUUUACGGCACAUCAGGACGCCUGGAGAAAAGUCUGGACCUGCUGCUGUCUCAGGUGUGUGACAUCAUGCUGAAGCACCGCGAGGAGUGUGUGUUAGAGGCUUGUGUGCGUGUGUUGUGUGCCUUGUGCAGUGAUUGCUACAGCUUCUGUGGUCGAGCCGAGAGAGCCGUCAGUCAGCUGCUGGAUUCAACCGUGGAGAAAUUCAGCUCAAACCUGGCUGAGAUACUGCAGGGAUCGGCUGAUGAAGAUGAUUUGUAUGGAGCUGCUUCCUCUCUGAACAUUCUAGCCAUCUUCAGCAGUGCCAGAGAUUUGACCGGAAGGAACCUGUUUGAGUUCUGCUUUCAGCUGCUGAAGAUGGGAAUAGAGACGAGAGAAAUCAACGAGAAGCUGAUGGUUCCAGCUCUUAAGUGUUCAGUCUUUCAUCUGUUCUGGAAAGGAACGAAGAUCAAGCAACACACUCCAGCAAGAGACAAGGCGGAGCUGAAGCGUGUGAUGAAGGCUCUUCACUCAUUCUGUGUGGUGUGUCAGAGCUGUCUGUCCGUGGCUCAGAGUCGCAUCAGGAACCAGGCGUUUGUGUGUCUGUGUGACCUGCUGCUCGUCUUCGGGAAGCUGUGUGAAGGAGACGGUUCUCCGCUGCAGCUCUUCAGUCCUGACGACUCUCUCAAAGCAGAAAUGGCUUCCUUCAUCAUCGACUACGUCUUCAGCGAGCCUGACGAAGAUCUGGCUGGUGAGGAAGAGUGUGAGGAGAUGAAGAUGGCUGCUUUGCUGCAGAGGAGGAAUCAGCUGGCUGGAUACUGUAAACUCAUCAUAUACGGAGUCCUGGAGCUGCGAGCCGCCACAGACAUACUCAAAUACUACAAUAAGUUCUACAGGGAUUUCGGUGACAUCAUCAAAGAGACUCUCAGCAAAUCCAAGAUGAUCAGCUCAGUGGAAAGUGCCAGGACUGUGUGCUUGUGUCUGCAGCAGCUCUUCUCUGGGCUGGAGCAGGACAGGCGUGAUGAGGAGUUGUCAGAGAUCAGAUUGCUGGCGAAGAAACUGGCGAUGAACUUCAGCAUCAACCUGCGUCUGAUCCGUAAACCACUGCUGGCGUUACACCAGGAUGGCAUCCGUUUCGCGAGUCAAGGGCUUGAUAAGGGAGACCUGAUGAAUUUGAGUUUUCUGGAGAUUCUGAGUGAAUUCAGUUUCAAAGUCCUGCAGCCUGAGUGCAAGCAGCUGUCGCUGUAUCUGCGCCGUGUGUUUGCCUCAGUGAUCAACAGUGAGUUUGUGAAGAUGUACGAACGAUCGCUGACUUCAGGAUCCAAAGAAACUCCAGCAGCAGCAGAAAAACCCAGCAGGAAACGCAGACGCACACACAGUUUGACCAGCCGUUUGGAAACUCCAGCUGUAACAACACACACACGCCGUGUCGACAUGGACGAUGAUUUCACAGACGGGUCCGUCCUGAGGAAGAGUGUGAUUCACAGCAGACAGCAGUCGAGUCCGUUCUCUCAGAGCAUCCAGUCUCAUCUCAGCACACUCUCUCUGGGUCAUGAGGAUGCUUCAGAGGAUGAGGAGCCAGAAAUUGAAGAUUACGAUGAUGAAGACUCUGAGCUGGGCAUCGCUUUGCCCUCCACACACGGCUCUGCCAGCUUCCUGGAGGAUCUGUUCGAAUGAAACCGGACCGGGACGCAUGUUCACGUUUCACCAGUGGAUCAUUCUGGGAUGUUUUGUUAAUGCAGCUGUUUUAAGAUCCCUGUAAAACGGUUCAGUUGAGUCAUUAAUGUCACCAGGUUGGUCUGAAUAAGAGCAUAAAAAAAACCUAUUUG